GAAUCAUUUCAACGAUUAUGGUUGCGUGCGCUGUUGCAUGCUGGGAACUUGGAGGAGUAAUGGCGCCUGAGGCCUAGCGGCGGAGCUCCUGGCAGAGACGGAAGAACGGAUUUACUUUCCUUCCACCAUGUACAUUUGAUCCCAAACUAUUAAAGAUGACGACUGCAGCAAGACCAACAUUUGAACCUGCGAGAGGAGGGAGAGGGAAAGGAGAAGGUGACUUAAGUCAGCUUUCCAAACAAUAUUCCAGCAGAGAUCUUCCUUCUCAUACUAAAAUCAAAUACAGACAAACAAAUCAGGAUGCCCCUGAAGAGGUGCGCAACCGUGACUUCAGGAGGGAACUGGAGGAGCGUGAACGCGUUGCUGUAAGAGAGAAGAACAGAGAUAGGCCAGCACGAGAACAUACAACUUCUUCUUCAGUGUCUAAGAAACCCCGAUUAGAUCAGAUCCCUGCAGCUAACCUGGAUGCAGAUGAUCCUCUGACUGAUGAAGAAGAUGAAGAUGAAGACUAUGACGAAGAGAGUGACGAUGAUACCGCUGCUCUAUUAGCUGAGCUGGAAAAGAUCAAAAAGGAACGUGCAGAAGAGCAGGCCCGAAAGGAACAAGAGCAAAAGGCUGAAGAGGAGAGGAUACGGAUGGAAAACAUCCUGAGUGGAAACCCUUUGCUGAAUCUUACUGGCCCUGUGCAGCCUCAAACAAAUUUCAAAGUAAAACGGAGAUGGGAUGAUGACGUGGUCUUCAAGAACUGUGCAAAGGGAGUUGAUGAGAUGAAAAAAGAUAAAAGGUUCGUCAACGACACACUAAGGUCGGAAUUUCACAAAAAGUUUAUGGAAAAAUACAUCAAGUAGUCCUUUCAGGGGUUGUUUUUUUUUAAGUGCUGCAUUGCUAAUAGACUCAAUGAAUCAAG